CGGGGGAGUUGGGAAGAUGGCGGCCGGGCCGUUGCGCUCUCCCACGGGCUGGGGGCGGUCAGCGCGCUCCUAGCACUUAGACCGACGGGGAGGGUCGGCUGUCAUUGCCGCCAUCGCCACCAUGUCGGAGCCGGGCCACCUGGGGAUAAAGCGGGCCGAAUCGGCGAGGCUUCGUCGGGCGGAGCAGCUGAAGCGCUGGAAAGGCUCUUUGACCGAACUGGAGCCGGUGACUCCCGCCCGGAGCCGGCACCGCGGUGGGGGCCGUGUGCGCUUCGAGGACGGCGCCGUCUUUCUGGCCGCCUGCUCCAGCGGAGACACCGAGGAGGUGAAGCGCCUGCUGGCCCGCGGAGCCCGCCUUAACACGGCCAACGUAGACGGGCUGACAGCGCUACAUCAGGCCUGUAUAGAUGAAAACCUGGACAUGGUAAAAUUUCUGGUAGAAUAUGGAGCCAAUGUAAAUCAGCAAGAUAACGAGGGGUGGACCCCACUUCAUGCAGUUGCAUCUUGUGGCUAUCUGAACAUAGCAGAGUACUUGAUAAAUCAUGGGGCCAAUGUUGCUGCUGUGAACAGUGAAGGUGAAGUCCCAGCUGACCUUGCAGAGGAAGCAGCCAUGAAAGAUUUGCUUUUGGAACAAGUAAAGAAACAGGGGGUGGAUCUUGAUCAGGCCAGAAAAGCAGAAGAACAACAAAUGUUGCAGGAUGCCAGACAGUGGCUAAAUAGAAGGAAAAUUGAAGAGAGAAAGCACCCUCGAACAGGGGCUACUGCUCUCCAUGUAGCUUCAGCUAAAGGCUACUGUGAGGUGAUGAGACUCUUGAUCCAAGCUGGGUUUAAUGUAAAUGUUCAGGACAAUGAUGGAUGGACACCACUUCAUGCUGCUGCACACUGGGGGGUGAAAGAAGCUUGCACUAUCUUGGCUGAAGCACUCUGUGAUAUGGACAUCAGGAACAAACUGGGUCAAACACCAUUUGAUGUUGCUGAUGAAGGAUUGGUUGAACACUUAGAGAUGCUGCAGAAGAAACAGAAUAUGCUGCGUAGUGAAGAAUCAAACAAAUUAAUUGAAGCUGAUAUGAAUGGUAAAGUUCAAAGUGGACUUUUCAAAAACAAAGAGAAGAUUAUUUAUGAAGCAGAUACUCUGAAAUCGUUAGAGACUGAGGAAGAGAACAAGGAAUCUAGUAGUUCCAGCUCUGAGGAAGAGGAAGAAGCUGAAGAAGAUGAAGUUUCAGAGUCAGAUACUGAAAAGGAGGCAGAGAGCAAAGAAGAGUCUAUUGCAAACCAUUCCAAUCAUGAAUCCAGAAUUCUCAUCACAGAACAAAUACCACCCCCAGAACAUAACACUUUUACUAUGGCUCCUGCUCGAAAAUGUAGUUCAUUGCUCAACAAGCCUGAAGAACAAAAAGAUGAAUCACCAUCAUCAUGGAGGCUAAGCUUGCGGAAAACUAGCAGCCAAAAUGCACUUAGUGAAGACAGCAUGCCCUGUGACACUCUCAAAGAGAAAGGCAGCUCCAUCUAUUACUCUUCUUCAACCCCUCGGAUAUCUGCACUAUUAGAUAACCAAGAGAAGGACAAGGAUAAUAGAAUCUAUUUUGCUUCAAUAUCCCCUCGAAGAUUAAAUAAUACAGGUGACAUUGAAGAAAAGGAAAACCGAGAAUCUGCUGUAAACUUGGUACGGAGUGGUCCUUACUCUCGCCAACAAUGGAGGGAGGAACCAAAGGGGAAUGAAACCCCUACAACUGGUGCACCUUCCACCUACAUAUCUACCUAUAUGAAAAGUGCUUCAUUUGGUAGAAGUAGUGAAAUCAGCAGUCCCUACAUUUCAGCUAAUCGCAAUGCAUUUUCUACUACCUCAUCUUCUAUUCUUGAUUCAUCUACCUCAUUGGGCACAGAGUGGCAGAUUGCCCCUUGCCCAGCAUCUACCAGGUUUAACACUACAACUUCAGUUUACCAGUCUACCAGAGCCCCUUACCGACAACAAAGUGACUCUACCACAGAGAAGAGCACAGAGGCCGUCUCUUCUAGCAUUCCAUUAAGUGUCAUAACAAAUCUCACGGUACCUGGAAGUUCCAAUGGUGUCACAACUACUAAUUCUAACUCACUGACUGGAAUAGAAUCAUCUACUGGUGAUGCCAGGGAUCGAAGGAGGUCCUAUCUGACACCUGUAAGAGAUGAAGAAGCAGAAUCUCUAAGGAAAGCUCGAUCCAGGCAAGCUCGUCAGACUCGCAGAUCUACCCAGGGUAUAACACUUACAGAUCUGCAGGAGGCAGAGAGAACUUUUAGCCGGUCUCGUGCAGAGCGGCUUAUUCAGGAACAGCCAAGUGAAAGGUCAGACAGGCUCAGAGAUAGUGAGGAAAGUGGUGGAAAACAAGAAGAUAUUGCCGGAAGAGAAUCCAGGGAGGUCAACUCACCAUGGACUAGAAACUUGGAUGAAGAGUCUUCUGGUCGUCGAUUGAGAUACCUAGCACAACAAGACAAACCUACAACUGCUGUCUCUCCUUCAUUAACUUCCAGUCUUUAUUCAAGUUCUCACAUGCCUAAGACAAGUAGAUUUGUAUCUUCUGAUUCAUUGAGCUCAGCAGAUUACCAAAGCACAUCAGCUGGCAACAUGGAGAAAAAUGAAUACGAAGAUCAGGACCUGGAUGACAGAACUUCAAACAAGCAGUCAGUAAGAGAGAGAAGGCGACCAAAAGAGAGACGGAGAGGCACUGGAAUCUCUUUUUUUACAAAGGAUGAUGAAGAAAUGGAUGGUACUGAAGAAGUAACGGAGGACAAGCAUGAAAGACUCUCCAGGCUGGAUUCAGCAAGUUCAGGCACUGGCACUAGUGAUACCUACAGUGAUCGACCCUCAGGCCGCACCAGUGCCUACACCAGAAGAGCCGCUCUCAGCAGCAGAACAGAAGAUGAUAGUAGCAAGGAUUAUAAAAAGCUCUAUGAGAGUGCCCUGUCUGAAAAUCAGAAACUGAAAUCUAAACUGCAAGAUGCCCAGGCAGAACUCGCAGAUAUUAAGUCAAAAAUGGACAAACUAACUCAGCAGAAACAGGAGAAAACUUCAGAUCGUUCAAGUAUGCUUGAGAUGGAAAAAAGGGAAAAACGAGUCCUCGAACGGAAGCUUUCUGAAAUGGAAGAAGAGAUGAAGAACCUUCACCAGCUCAAACAGAUUCACACUUUGAGGCAGAUGAAUGAGCAACUGCUGGCCGAAAACAGGGCUUUGACCCGGGUGGUAGCCAGGCUCUCGCAAUCCGCUGAGCCCCCAGAGUCAGAAGAGCUAUAGCACCUCCCCUUCCAGUUGAUCUCACCUCUCCUUCCAUUCUUCCAGGUUUUGACAGAGCUGAAGUCAGACAAUCAGCGGCUGAAAGAUGAGAAUGGAGCACUCAUCCGAGUCAUCAGUAAACUCUCAAAGUAGCAUAUUGAACAAAGGAUGGGCAGAAAGAGGAGAUUUCUGUGCACAAGCUGCCAACCCUGCCACCGACUUCCGAUCUUCCAGUUGAAAGAACUGCUGGCAAUUUAGCCAUGGAGCAGUUGGCAACACACGCAGCUCCUUGCACUUGCUGGGCAUCUUUAUUUUGCACAGUGCUUACCCCACCCCUUUCUUCUAAAAGCAUGCCUCACCACAAGUUUAUUAUUUUUACAGUAUUGAAGUAAUUUAUUCAAAGGGACAAAGAGUGAUUGGCACUGUCUGAACUACUCAAACCAUCUGCUGUAAACCCAAUAUGCAUCCAACCUUAAUCUGAUGUAAAGACGUAUCUACUGUAACAAGUGAUAUAGAAGUGACUAUAGUGUCGAUCGAACAUGUCUUAAGAUACUGUCAUGGAAUAGGGAGUGAAAUGGAAUUAUUCUUCCUUCUGGAAUUUGGGAGUCUGCAGUCUGUGAAAAGUUUGUUGGCUUAUUUCUUUUUGGGAGUCUCAUAAUGGUGUCUUGCCUUGGAAAUCAUAUUCUACAUAUCUCUCAGUACUUGACUGAUUUAUUUAAUGUUAGAUUUGAAAUCAGUUUAAUAUUGGGGCCCAGUAAAUUGUUUUCUCCUUUUCAUCUUUCCUCAAUAUGCUUCCUACUGGGUUUUUUCCAUGGUUGCUUUCUCUAGGACUGUUUAAUAGAUGAUUACACCUUAUAACUGUCACAUUCUUUAGCAUUCUUUUUUUUUCAAGCAUUCUGGCAGAAGGACAUCCAACAGCAAAAAAUUGCUUCAGGUGGAUUUCCACUUGUAUAAAAUAUCCAUGCAGGAUAUAUCUCUGCAUAAGAUUUCAGCAUAUCUUUUUAUAAGCAAAAUGAUUCAUUUACCAGUGAAGUAAUAACAUUGCAUAAAAAUCAGGGCAAAUAAGUUGGAUUUAAGAUAAUGUUCAUUAGGUGCAAAAUUGAAAACACAAAAGUGUUUUCAGAGUUUAAAGUGGAAGAAGGCUAGUGCCUAGAGGUGAUUAGUUUUGUGCAAAAUGCUGUCUCAAGCCUUGGUGAAAAACCUUGAUAAAAAUUAUGCUACUAAUAUUUGAGAAGUUUAAUGCAAUGUUUCAUUUGCACAGUUGUAAACAUAAAUGCACUUGUCUUUAAUAUCAAUAGUAAGAUCAGUAGCACUCACACUCUGGUUUCUGGUCAUGCUGGAAAUGAAUGCAUUAACUUUUAUAGAUUCUCAGAAUACUAGCGGCUUCAGAGACUGUGCUUCUCUGGUUAUAUCAAUGAGAUUUCACCUGCAGCACUUGAUAUAUUUUUACAAAUCCUGACCAAUGCUUUUCUUUUCUUUCUUCCUUUGUAUUCCAAAGCAUGAUGUCACAUUUUAAAGCUAUACUUUUUGGUCUGGAUUUAGUCAGUUUCCACAAUUGAUUAGAGCAGAGUCUUUGGGAUUUAAGAAAAGCAGCUUAUACAUAGAUACAAGUAAGCAGUAGUACUUCAGACCUUUUUGCCAUCCUUGCUCAAUGGUGAAAACAAUACGGCUUUUUUUAAUCUAUUGUGGACUACUAUAACAAAGAGGUGACUGAUCUUUUCUCUUUCAUCUUUUUGUUCAGUACCCUCAUGUAUUAUUCUUGCUUUUAUUGGCUACAAAGAAAUGCAGAAAUCUGUUAAGAGCCAGGAGUUGCCACCUAUGAGCUGACUAAUUCAGAUAUUGGUUGUCUGAUGUAGUGAUCAGUGCAUUCACAAUACUUAGAGCUUUCUAAUUUAGCUCUGAGACUCUCAGCAGCCCUUUGGUUUCCUCUGUCCUCCUUUUUGGGAACUUUGGAUAUUGUUCAGAUUUCAAGGUGUGUCUAAAAAAUUAUAUGUGAAAUUUAAAUACAUUUUGUCAUUGUAAUGAAUUUUAUUCAUAAUAUUGCUUUUCUACUGCCUAACUUAUUUCAGCCCCACACAGGAUUGUAAAGGGAUAUGAACAAAAUAUUUUUAAUUGGCCCUGUCAAACUCUUACCAUAAGCAGUCAUGGAAAUGAAAAGAAAAAAAAAGAAUCAUUCUGUAAGAGUUCCUGAAUAGUACUAUUGUUAUUUUAUGCCUGGAAUAUAGUAACUUAAACCAAUCUUAGUUUUAAUAUCCAGAAAUCUAAGGACAAAUAUAAAUAAGGCCUACUAUGAAGAAUUGUGCCCUAUCUUGUCAAGAGUUGGAAUUAGAUCAAAUUGAAUUUUGCCUAGAAUUGUCUGAGCUGAUUAAUCAUGACACAAUCCAAUAUGCUCACCUCUUUUUUUCUUUUUUCUUUUUUUGUGGUCAUAGGGGGCAAUGGGGUGAAAACAGAUUAUUCCUUAGGAUGUAAUUAAGGUGAAUGGCAACAAUCAACAUCUUAACAUUUUAGACCUAAAUCUAGUUUUCUUAUAGGAUUUCAAACCAUCUUCAAACUGUUAAAUGAACUCAUUUUUAUCCUGAGGCAAAGAAAAUCUUAGUCCAGUUUUAAAAGCUGAAAUAUGAAUGAGAUUUGUUCCUUCUCUCAAAAAAAGGAAAAUCUUGAAUGGAAGUUACUUAUUUCAUUUGAAUUAAACAAUAUAACUACCAAUUCCAGAACUAGUAUAUGUUUUAAUAUCUUAUUUUAAAAUUUUCAUUUGAAACCAGGAAGUAUUUUCAAGAAACUUCCUGAUUUAAUGAAGGGCUGAAUGUGUAGAUAGGCAAAAAGCAUAUUCAUGUUUAAAUCAAAUUAUUUUAAGUUUUUUAUGUGAUCAAGUAAACUUGCCUGAAGAAUUCAGGACUCCUCCUUGUUUUUAAAGGAUAUCAAGAAUGAAAAUACUAUUCCCUUCACUGGUUAUUGCUCUGACCCAAUUAAGUUUAGAUUUAGAUGAAUGUUCUAUUUUAAUUGUUCAGGCAGCUAAAAUGUUCUCUGCAUAAGCUGCAUAUGAUAGAGGAGAAUGGUUGAAAGUUUAGUCUGUGACGUGAAAGCUUUCAAGCUUGUGGAUGAUAGAAGUUUUUAUUUAAAAUGGGAAAUGAAUGGUUCUGUUUUGGUUCUUGUUCCUGAAAGCUUUCACCAAUGAAUUUUUCCAUUUCUUAAGAUUUUAAAAAUCCUUGUGCAAGUGCUUUAAGAAGCAUAAGAAGAAGCACAAUUUUAUUCCUUGCAAAUGGGGAAGUUCAGUGGGAUUUGUCUAGUAAGAAUUAAAUUUCAUAUGAAACUAGAGGUACUACAUGUUAAAAGAACUAAGUAUAGGAAAACAAACAGGGAAGAAAGUCUUAAUAGCCAUUUAGUGAUAGAUUGGUUUACUUUACGAGAAGGCUCUCUUCCUAGUAAUAUGGAUAAACUGCUCAUAGAACAGAAAAGGGUGAGGGAAAGACAGAGGUACGUAGGUGCAAGAACAAGUAUAUAUGAGUACAUUUGAAUUUAGAAAAGUUUAUUUAGUAUUUAUUUGUUUCUGCCCAUAUUGCUUUACUGUUAAUGGAAAUAAUUCAUGGAUGAAAUCUGGAUGAUCAGGGAGCAUUAGAUGAAUCUAACUUGAUUAUUUUCCAAUGCAUAUGCACUCGAUUUUUACUAUUGGAAGCUAGUGCAGAGUCAUUGAUAUAUCACUUUCUUCUUUUUCCUUAAGGGAUGUUUAUAUUAAUAAUUACCAUUUAAAACACUUAUUCCCAUGGAAUAAUUCAAAGUAUAAGGCUAAUCAUGUUGCUGUUUGCUGAUAAAGCAUUAAAUAUAAAUUAAAUACAACCCCUUGACUAUCACUGAUAUAUAAAGAUUAAGGUUUGUUAUUUCUUAGGACAAAAAUGAGAUACCUAUGGCCCUUCAAAUGUUCCUGAAAUCUCAGUUUCCCUUACCAUUGAACAUGAUGGUUGAGACUUCUAUAGUUCAGUAAUUUCAGGAGCCUUCACUUCCCCCAUUCCUGGUUUAGACUAAAGUUAACAUUUGUCCCUAACUGAAUGAUAUAAAUGUAAAGAAAAAUGUAAAGUAUAUAUCCCUUCUGGGACAUCUAAGCAAUUCCCCAGCCAUUAAAAUAUUUUGUUAUUGUGAAGAGCAAAAUGUAAUCCUUUGCCCCCAUUUAAACCUGAUCCAUUGGGUCGUCAAGUUCUCCUUUCAAAUUACUAGGAUACGAAAAGUAACCAAAACCUCCCUCAAAUUGUGAAUAGUUUGAGGAAGAGUGCCCCAGUGUAGAGUACAUCAGGAAGACUUCCACAGUGUAUAUGCAGAUGUGUCUCAACACAUCCCUUUCAAUUCUAGUGCUUACCAGAACCUAAAAAUGAACUUGUUUUGACAGGAUUUUUCGCAAGCAAAUUGAAUGUCCUGUCACAAAGAAUGUACUUCAUCCUUGUCCACUCUAAUAUAUGCGUUUUUAUGAAGUUCCUCAGUUUUGGUACAACAGGCUUCAUUUUCACGAUCUUUGACCUUCCAGCUCCACUCCGCCUGCUGCCAUAUUAGCUGACCUGGGAGAGAAGCUUAUGACUUAGGGAUAUUAAACAUGGGAAGCAGAAGGUCUGUAUCUCAAAGGCAACUGUAAUAUCUUUGUUUCAAGCUUUCAGUUUCCCAGGGCUUUUUCUUUGAAUGGUGUGUUUCGAUCACAUUUAUUCUGUGUUUGAAAUCUUUUUGUGUGAUUCUACUAGAGGCAGCAUGUUCCAAGAAGAGUUUGUUUUUGUUUUUUUACCAAGAUUACUUCUUAGCAAACUUACUGAUAAAUUCAUCCAUUCCCCAAGAUUCCUUUAUUUCUUGGGGCAAGUUGUACUCUGGGUGAACAUAACUUUGUAGGUUCUUGAGCCAACAGAAGGGUUAAAAUCUGCUGUGUAUCUUUCCACUCCUGACUGUUUAGUAUAUAAUAUUGAGGAAAGUCAAAAUCCCUUCCUGUAAAAACUAUUCCUGAAAAAAGAACAGCAUCCUACUGUUGGCUCAUUAACUUCCCACAUGCAAAUAUUCUAAGUGUUAUCUGUUUUUAAAAAACCUUUUACAGCUUUUUGUAAAUAACUAAUUGGAGAAAAGAGUGGCUUGUGUGUGAAGGAAGAGAAUGUAUUUUUAUGCAACUUUUUUUGAGUGGCCUUCCAAAUUUUGAGAUGAAUGUUUUUGUUUUCCUGAUUGUUACAUAGUAUUCUAAGUAUUAUAUGUUUGAAAGUUUGGGAAUAAUAUUCACAUCUAUAAUGCUUGUAAACACAACAGUAUUUAUAAAUGAAUAAAACAAAUGCUUUGA